UGGAGAGAAGUUCUCGAGGGAAAUGCUGAUGAAAGAAGGUGCCUGGACUUGGUUCCUUGGAUUUACUACCAUCGGAGGAUUGACGCACUUUCGUGGUAAUAACAUUUGCCUUUCCAAAGCCAUUUGGUUCAUUUUAUUCAUUGCCGGAAUUUGUGCCACCAUAUGGCAGAUCUACUCCGUCUUGAUCAACUAUUUCGAGUACAAUGUCAUCACCAGUGUGACCAAUGACGAAGCUCAGACCAUGAAUUUUCCGGCCGUCACGAUUUGCAAUGCCAACCGGGUCCAUUGUGGAAAUCUACGGAAUCUGAUCUGGAACAUCAGUCAAGAGACGGGCGAUAAUGAGGAGACCCUGAAAAAGCUCUGCGGUGUGUAUGCCCAAGUCAAUUGCGAUGGAGGUGUAUCCUUGGCUGAUAUGAUUACUGAAGGGUCCUCUAAUCCCAAUGAUAUUUGCCCCGGCUAUGAAGCUCCUCUAACAGCUCCUGCCUCCAUGCAUAGGUUCUUCAUUUUGAGAGACGAAUUCAUGGUAUUGUAUGACCAACUUGAGGACAAGCACAAACAAAUCAUCGCCCAUCAACCUGACAAGAUGUUUCGUCAAUGCACCUUUGAGUCAUUGGUUGGAACAGCCACCCAAUGCAAAGAGCUUCUCAAUGGCACGGUGAAGGUCUACCAUCCACAUUUCGGCUAUUGUUACACGUUCAAUGGAAUGUCGACCAAUAACCAUGGAACAAUUACACCCUUCAGUGGUCCAUUUUACGGGUUCUCGGUCGAGAUCAACAUUGAACAACUUUAUUACAUGAGAAGAGCGGCUACUCAAACCGAAGGAAUCAUCGUGUCCAUCCAUCAUCCCAAGAAGGACCCUCUUCUGGUAACCAAUGCCAUGAAUAUAUUGACCAAUACCUUAACCCGUUUGGCCAUUACGGAAGCCAGAUCCAUUCGACAACCUUACCCAUACACAUCGAAUUGUACCAACACCUGGAACCGGACUUCAAUGCCUCAUUUAGAUGGGAUUCGUCCCUACCAAUCUGGAUUAUGUCAAACAAAAUGUCUGUAUGAUAUUGUAGGUGAGAUGUGCAAUUGUUCCUUGAAUCAGUUGUACACAAUUGACGAUGGGAGGAACCAAAAGAGGAUUUGUCUUAUCUACGAUGUGGACAAGAAUUGCACCGAGGCAGCAGCCAAGAACCUGACCGAUGAAUACUUAAGCCAACGAUGCAUUUGUCCCUCCCAAUGUGAAGACCAUUAUUAUGAUGUGAGCUUCAGCUCAGCUAAGUGGCCGUCGCAAGUGUUUUGGCCUCAUGUGGCAGACACACAUCAAAUUCGAUAUUCCGGAGAAAAUAUUCACCCGAGACCCAUCUUUGAUCUCCUAAUCGAGGCUCAAACCAAUGUCACGGUCAAGGAUGAGUAUGACACCAUCAGAGACUACGUCGAAGGCAAUUUUCUCAAACUAGAAGUGUAUUUCGCUAACAAGUAUAUUCGACGGACCAUCGAAACCCAAGAAUUUCCGCUAUCUGCCAUUUUAAGCAGCAUUGGAGGAGCCAUAUCGUUGUGGGUUGGAGCUUCGUUCAUAACUUUGUUCGAAUUAGUUGAAUUGGGGCUACGGCUCCUUUUCAACUGUUAUUUUGUAACAAAAGAAAUGCAUUAG